AUGAGCGCCAAUUCUGGAGUCACCCCCGAGUCGCUAAAGGCGGCCUUGGAGGAGAAAGUCGGCGCCGUCCACGUCGAGAUAGCCGACCUAUCAGGCGGCUGCGGCCAAAUGUUCGAGGCCAUCAUCGUGUCCCCGCAGUUCGAAAAGAAAACGACGCUCGCCCGCCAUCGCCUUGUCAACGCCGCAUUGAAGGAGCAGAUUGCCGCCAUCCACGCCUGGACUCCCAAGUGCCACACCCCCGAGGAGUGGGAGAAGAAGAAGGCCCAGGCUUGA